AAUAAAACAAAAACAAUUCAACAUAAUACAAUUUCCAUGGUUAAGUUCCCCCGCCCAAGGGCUCAUAUUACAUAACCGCAUUCGUGUUCCUCUAAUUAAGUCUCAAACCUCUCUUUCAAUCUGAAGUCUAAAGUUUUACUACUUAACAAAAUAAAAAUACUCCCAUAAAUACCUCGAUCCAAAUUAAAAAUAGUGACACUAAUCAUAACAAAUCUCUUUCUACUUCUAUUUAUUCUUGUUUUUUCUUUUCGAUAAACAAACAAUGUUCUUCAUUAACAUCACAUAUUACUUGUCUCUCUGUUUUGUUUCCUUCCAUUUUCCGCCAUUGUAAUCUAUUUUAGUACCAAACACCCCAUUUAUUUCCUUCCAUUUCUUCCGUAAAAAAGUUACUAUCUUGUUUUAAUUUUUCUCUUUUAACCUAUAGAAACCGAUUUUCUUUAAUAAAUAAACAUAUUUUACUCAAAAAUUUGAUAUGGGUCUAAAGAAAUUGUGAUUUCAUCACCUGGGUAUUGCUCAGAAAUCUAAAAUAAGUUAAUUUAAUCAUCUGGGUAGUUCUAAAAUCAUCAAAUUUUCAUCUUUUUAAAUUUUUUGACAGAAAAAUUAAAUCUUUAAAAUGGGUAAGGGUUUAGAAAAAUGGUCCGUAAGGCAUUUAUUAAUGGUGUCAGUAGCCUUAAAUGUAUGGUUAGUGUUAAAAUUGAUGUAUUAUGAGAGACUAGAUAAUUUUACAACAGAGCAGAUCUUCCAUGGAUUCUGUGCAGAGGAAAAAAAGGCACAUAAACAAAUGUCUUUGACUACUUCUUCUUCAAUGGCUGUUGCAGUUGCAGAAAAAGCUGUCAAUUUUUUCAAUCCUUCAUCUGCUUCUCCUACCAAUAUCAAUCAUAUUGAUGAUGAUGGAAGAGUUAUUAAUCUUGAUCAUGGUGAUCCAACAAUGUACGAGAGUUAUUGGCAGCAAGCAGGGGAUAAAACCACAGUUUUAAUCCCAGGAUGGCAAUCAAUGAGUUAUUUUUCGGAUGUUAAAAAUUUGUGUUGGUUUCUGGAACCGGAAUUUGCAAAGGAAGUUAUUCGAUUGCAUAAAAUUGUGAGAAAUGCAGUGACAGAAAACAGAUAUAUUGUGGUUGGAACAGGUUCAACACAGUUGUUCCAAGCUGCAUUGUACGCUCUUACUUCACCAGGAGGGACACAACCAAUUAGUGUGGUUUCUGCUACACCCUACUACUCUUUUUAUCGCCAAGUCGUUGAGUAUAUGAAGUCCGGGCUCUACAAAUGGGUUGGUGAUGUAUCCAAUUUCGACAAAGACGAACCUUAUAUCGAGCUGAUCACUUCCCCUAAUAACCCCGAUGGGUUUACAAGACACCCUAUUGUCAACCGAAGUGGAGGAAUGUUGAUUCACGAUUUUGCUUACUACUGGCCACAGUAUACUCCGAUUACCUCCCCAGCUGAUCAUGACAUUAUGUUGUUCACUGUCUCAAAAAGCACUGGUCAUGCUGGAAUGCGUAUUGGUUGGGCUCUUGUUAAGGACGAAGAAGUAGCUAAAAGAAUGACCAAGUUCAUAGAACUAAACAGCAUCGGAGUCUCAAAGGAUUCACAGCUUCGAGCAGCUAAAAUUUUGCAGGCUGUUUCGGAUAGCUGUGAGCAUAACAGUGACACUGGGAACUUUUUCGAAAUCAGUUAUAACCAUAUAGCGCGUAGAUGGAAACAAUUGAGGAAAGCAGUGGAAGAAACCGGGAUGUUUAGUACCCCCGAGUUUCCUACUGCUUUCUGCAAGUACACGAAUCAGACGUUUAGUACGCAACCAGCUUUUGCCUGGUUAAAAUGUGAAGAGCAUAUUGAAGACUGCGAAGGCUUCCUCCGAAGUCACAAUGUGUUGACAAGAAGUGGGGUGCAUUUCGGUAUGAGCCCUAAAUAUGUAAGGAUAAGCAUGCUAGAUCGAGACUCAAAUUACGAUCUUUUUAUUAAAAGGUUAUUGGCAAUGCGUUCGUAAAUCGGAUGAUAAGGGUAGAAGAUAUUUAAGGGGCUGUAUAUUAGCAUAAAAUGAUCUUCCAGGAUGGUUUUCUAACAUGUAUCAUUAUUUUAGAUUUUAGUCCUUGAAACUCAUGUAGAUUCUAGUUGUGUUAUACUCCCUCGUCCCUUUGUGUACGCCUCAUUUGACCCAAAAAGUUUUCACAGACAAAGGGAGCGAAUUCAAAGGGACGGAAUAGUAUUCCUAGAGGUUUAAAUGAAGGUUGCAGAUUGGUGUUAGAUCGAGUGUUGAGGUUAAGCCUUGUAACUGCAACAAACAGUGGAAUCAAGUACAAGAAUCAUAUAUAUAUUGCUUUACUCAAGUUUUGUCC